AUUAUGCUAGGCCUCUAGCCUAGUUGAAACUCGCCGGAAAUUAACUAUCAACAAAAUGGCAGGCAGGGAUAAUCGCGACAGCCGUGACGGUAGAGAUAGUCGUGGACUUGAUGAUCCACCAAACAGUAGACUUUUCAUUUUAUGUCAGAAAGGCACUACAGAACAAGAGUUUAGAGAGGCAUUUGACAAAUAUGGAACUAUUGAGGAUAUUUGGAUCAUUAAAGACAAAAGAACAAACGAAGACAGAGGCAUUGUGUACAUCAAGUUUUCUAAGACUUCUGAGGCGAUGCAGGCAAUGGAAGAGAUGAAUGGUAGAGCUUUAGCUGGAACAACUAAGGGACUGAAGGUGGUAGUAGCAAACAGCAAAAGAGAUGGUUCAACUAGAGAUCCAAGAGAGGACGAAAGACUUGUCAGGCUGUUUGUAAUUAUUCCAAAGCACUUUACUGAACAAACUCUUCGUGAUGAAUUCUCGAAAUAUGGAGAUGUUGAGUCUGUGACAGUUUUGAAAGACAGAAAUACUGGGGAGAGUAAAGGAUUUGGUUACGUCCGUUACUUUAAACCCCUACAUGCAGCAAUGGCAUUUGAAAAUUGUGACAGCUCAUUCAGGCCCAAAUUUGCUGAACCUCAGCGCUCAAGAGAUGAAAGGGAUGAAAUAGAGAAUCAUGGUUUCUCUUCUCAUCAUUCUGGAGCAGUGUUAUCAACCUUUUUACAAUUUUUAGGCCAGAAGAGAAUGUAUGAAGAUGAGCUUCAUUCUGGUGGUGGUGGCGGUGGGGGAUAUUACAACAAUGAAAUGGGUGCAUUUCCACCUUAUCAUUUUGGGACUGGUCCAUUAGAAAUGCUUGCUGACUACCCAGCACCAAACACUGGAUCUCGUCUAAUCAUUCAGGCUCCUAUUGGAUUGACACAGGGCUACUUAUCCAAACUUUUUAAUUUAAUACCCGGCAUGGAAUACUGUGACCUAAAUGAGACAACAGGUUUAGCCUAUGCUCGUUAUAGCAGUCCACAGUGUGCAGCAUAUGCCAGGGAUAAACUAAAUGGUUUUGAAUAUCCAUUAGGCAGUCCAUUGCAUGUGCAAUUAACUGACGAUUCGAUGAGAUCCAUGCCAUCAGCUAUGAAUAAUUCAGUAGGUUCCUUUGGUUCCUAUAUGCCUGGUAACAGUCCAGUGGAUACCAUGGAUAUAAGACAAAAGGCUGCAAUGAUUUUAGAAAAAGCUGGCAUCAAUCCACAUAACUUACUAAAUUUUGCUGGUGUUAAUGCUGUUGGAUCAGUAGGUGAUGGCCGUAAGGAACGUGUUCCAUAUUGCAAUAUCCCCCUUCCACCCCCACAGCCAACAGUGGCUGAAGAUGGUAAAAAUAUGGCCCAAAGACUGUUCAUUGUAUGUCAGCCUUCGGGGGUAUCAGAACGCGUGCUCAAAGAUGCAUUCUGUCGCUUUGGAAAUUUGAUUGAUGUCUAUCUGUUGUCAGGGCGCAAUUAUGGUUAUGCUAAGUAUGCAUCUAAAGACUGUGCAGUGAAAGCUAUUGAGACUCUUCAUGGGCAGACAUUGGCUGGUCAAAAGAUGAAAGUGUUAGAAGCUGAGCCACCAAAGUCUCAUCCUGCACAUGGUGGCUUACAGGGUGAUGAAGGUCCAUCAAAAAAGCAGAGAUUAUAGGACCUUGCAGUGCUGACAUGUCAUCUUUUUAAUGAACAAAGGUGACAGACCGACAAUUUUUAUAUAGGACAAAUUGUACAGAACACAGAGGACAUUACAAAGACUUACUGGCUGCCAAAGGAUGAAGACAUUUUUUAAGACUUUUGGACUUCAGUUAUUUACUUGUCACACCUCUCUCUUUAUUUCUUCUGUAAUUUACAUUUUGUCUAAGUAUAAAACUUAGGCAAAGUUUGAAAUCAGGUGUGCUAAAAAUUUACUUCAGUAAGACAUCUCAUACUGUUAACUAAGUUGUAAAUUGUUUCAUACUAAAAUCUUAACAUGUUAGCAAAUAUUUUUGCCAUUUCCUCUGUGGCCUGCUGCUACAGUGAAGCAUUUUAAAAAUCAGUUAAUUAACUGUUAAUUCCCUUUAUGUGAGUUUAUUUUUAUUACACUGCGGAAACAAUUUUAGUAUUUUUAAAUGUUGUCUGUUUACACUGUUGAGGAAGAUUUUGUUCACAUUAAACUUCUAUUAAAUAGCCUCAAUGGUUGUAGUGUCUGUUUGCAGAUUCUAUGUAAUAUGUGUUGUAAUUUGGAUAAAGCAUUAAAGUACUGAAUCACCAUCAAA